AUCCCCGAGCCCCCCGGGACCUCCAAGACUGUGGGACCCCGGCACCCUCAGGACCCUGGGUCCCCCGAGCCCCUCAAACACAUGAGACCCCCGAAACCCCCCCGGGGACCACUGAGAUCCCCGGGACCCCCGAGACCUCCAAGACCGUCUGACCCCAGGACCCCUGAGACCCUGAAAUGCCCAGGAGCCGCCGGGACCCCCAGUGUCGGAUCCCCGAGCCCCUCAAACACCUGAGACCACAGGACCCUCCGCCCCCUGGGACGAGACCCCUGGACCUGUGGGACCCCGAGACCUCCUGCACCCCAGACCCGCCCGCCCCUCCCCAGGUCCCAUGGGUGCCCCCCAUCUCUGGGGCGGGCUGUGGGGUGCUGGUGGGGUGGGGUGGGGCGGGGAGCACCUGCCCUGGGGCCCACCCCGCCGCAGGCCCCGCCUGCCGCAGCCCCCCGGGAGAGCGGGUGCAGGGCGCCGGGGCGCAUCUCCUGCAGCGGGGCCCGGCGCAGACGGCGACGGCAGUGGCGGCGGCAUGGCGGGCGCUCCCCCAAAAUGGGGCGCCCCGCUCCCCCUCCUCCUCUGCCUCCUCCCAGGCUGCCUCUGCUGGAAGUCCACCACGGCGUGCCAGGGGGACGAGUGCGCGGUGACCUCGCCGCUGGCCGCCUCGCGGCUGACCCCCAGACCCCUGACCGUGGAGAGCAACGGCAGCGCGGCGGCCUGCUGCUGCCACCGGGCCGGCGCCGGCACCGGGGCGGUGAUGGUGGAGCCGGGCCCCACGUCCCGCACUGCCAUCGUGGGAGACCACCUCAGCCUGGAGUGUCGGUUCCAGGCCCCCAGGGACGCCUCGGUGACCUGGUACCACGUGUGCCCCCACCGCAACUGCAGCUACCACCCCACCCUGGUCGACGCCAGCCAGGACGGCCGCCAGCUGCAGCGCGAGGAAGGCCGCGCCACCCUCACCUUCCUCCACCUCGCGCACAAUGACACCGGUCUCUAUUACUGCCGGGUGCAGGCCAACCAGGCCGCCGGGCAGUCCUGCGGCACCUUCCUGUGGGUGCGCGCAGAUCCCAUGGCCGUGCCCUUCCUCAACAUCAAGGAGUCUACCAAGAACCGGAUCAUCACGGCCGAGGGCAUCCUGCUGCUGCUCUGCGCCGUGGGACCCGGCCUCUUCCUCCUCUUCAGGAAGCGGUGGGCCAACGAGCGGCUGCUGCAGAUGAAGAAGAGCGCCUUGGAGGAGGAGAACCUCUACGAGGGGCUGAACCUGGACGAGUGCUCCAUGUACGAGGACAUCUCGCGGGGGCUGCAGCCCACCUACCAGGACGUGGGCAGCCUCCAGGCUGCCGACGCGCAGCUGGAGAAGCCCUGAGGGGCGGGGGUCCCGCUGGACCCUCGCUCCCUGCGCUGCUGCCCCUCCGCACCCCUCGAGGCUUCGCUUCAUUAGCACGAGGCUCGCUCAGCACGCCCCGCCCCCCCGGGGGGUCACGGCCCUCCCACCCCAAUAAAGCUAACGAGCUGC